GCCUUGUACCCUUUUCUGUCUUUGGGAGCUUGAUCAACGGCGAUUGUAAAUCAUUUAUCACCGACGAGAACUUGUCAACUUUUUGUUACUCGAUGCAACCUUCAACCCUCGACACAUAAUAUUUACAACUUGUUAACUUCACCAUUUUAUUUCCUUUGUCAAGGAAACGUACUUCAAUGUUGAGAUAGGGAUCCAAGCUUCCAAUUGACAAUGUUGUUUCCCGAGAGCGACGCGUCUCUUCUUAGAGCUUGGAUCAUAAGGCGCCUUGCCAAUACAUCCGAUGCAGAUGCGGAUGUACUUGCCGACUACGUUCUAGCUCUCCUACGACACGAUGGCGACGCCGAGUCUAUUCGGAAGAUGUUCGAGGAGGAAAUUCCUGAUUUUCUCAGAGAAGACGCGGCCGCCUUUACAGGUGACGUCUUCCAAGCCGUUAAAUAUCGUUCUUACUUGCCAGGAGCUCCUCCUGCGCCUCCGCCAGUUGCGCCCUUAAUACCUUCAUAUCAACCUCAUCUACCAUACAACACAACCCCGACGGCUCCAGCCUUCCCCCAGAACGGUUCGCGAAAGCGCACGUAUAAUGAUCGAGACGAUAACGACGUGGACAUUAUCUUAACAAGCCAAGGUUCUUAUUCCGGAGCUCAGCCCUACAAGCAGCCCCGUAGAGGGGGUAGCUUCUCACAGCGUGGUGGGAGAUUCGAUGAAUCUUACAAGCCAAGAGAUCAAAAUGGGUUUUCUGGUCUUUACCCGGUAUCUUCUAAAUCUAGUGGCCGCUUUGGACUGCCACCGCCACCGUCUUUUCAACCCUCUGCGCAUGACCAAGGUAUGGCGCCGAUAAACUUGGACAACCUUAUGGAAAAUAUCCAGAGGAUGAAUCAACUCGAUAUUCCUAUUCCUCAGUUACCUGACCUUCCUAAACCUGUUUAUUCAGGCUCUAUUCUUCCGCCACGUCGGAGAAGACAAAAGUGCAGGGAUUAUGAGACUCGUGGCUACUGUUCUCGAGGAAGCAAUUGCAAGUUUGAGCAUGGUUCUGAUUCUUUAAUGAUGCCUCCACUUCCACCUUCCGCAAAUGAUGAAUAUGAUCCUAACAAUGCCGUUUUCCCAAUGCCGCUCCUAGCGAAUCAACACCAGCCACAGGUAUUCCAGUCCCUAAAAUUACCUGCCUUUCCCACGGCGGCCCCUACCAACCGUCGCGAACAUAACAAGUCAAGACGGACAAAGGGUCGACCACCUAAUACAACAAGCGGUCCUAUACAUGACAAGACUAAAACGGCCAUCGUAGUCCAGAAUAUCCCCAACGGAUAUUUCACCGAAGAGAAAGUGCGUGAAUACUUUUCCCAGUUUGGCAACAUCACAGAUAUUUCAAUACAGGGGCCUGACCGCCUUGCGCUUGUUAAGUUUGAUACUUGGGAUGCAGCUCAUGCCGCCUGGAGCUCGCCAAAGGUAAUCUUUGAUAACCGGUUUGUGAAGGUGUUUUGGCACAAGGACGAUACCGAGUCCAGACCAAAUUCGGUCAAUGGGACAGCCGGAAAUGGCGUAAAGAAUGGAGCUACCAAUGGCAAUUCGCUUAUUGAAGAGAGUGCGCCUACCGAACCCUUUGACAUGGACGAGUUCAUGCGCAAGCAGGAAGAGGCGCAAAAGGCCCACGAAGAAAAGACCAAGAAGAGAGAAGAAUUAGAGCUCCAACGCCAAGAAUUAGAAGAACGUCAGAAAGAGCUUCGUGCGCGACAACUUGAGGAGAAGCGCAGGCUUCAGGCUAAGCUUUCUGGAAAAAGUCCGUCCUCGGAAGCAACAGAUGGUACUACUAAAAAGCCUACGUCACAGACAGAGGCUCUUAGAGCCCAAUUAGCAGCUUUAGAAGAGGAGGCUAAUGUCCUAGGGAUCGAUCCGGACGCUAUUCACGAAGACUCAUCAUGGUCUAUUAGAGGGCGUGGUAGAGGCAGCCGAGGCUAUCGCGGCCGUGGACGUUAUGUCACGAGAGCUACUAGGGGCGGGCAUAGCUACCAAGGCAGAGGGGGCAUAGAAGCUAGACACGCAGCUUAUGCUGCGUAUUCCUUGGACAACAGACCCAAGAUAAUCGCGCUGUCUGGCGUAGACUUUACAAAUCUGGAGAAGGAUGAGGCAUUACGACAAUACCUUUUUGGUAUUGGGGAGUUCAAGGAAAUUCAUACAGAUCCGGCCACAACACAUAUUACGUUCAAGGACCGUAAAACAGCAGAGCAGUUUAUGAUGGGUGUGUCUGCCAAUAACGCGAUUCCCGGACUUGAGGACAAGGUCGAAAUUACGUGGGCCACAUCUGCACCUCAGUUUGAAACGAAGACUCAUGCCGAUGAUAACGUGCCCAUGGCUGAUGGUAUAGAGGACGACCAAGGGGCCAGAGAUAAGACCAGCGCUGAAGGUAGUAGUGUGACCAUCGGGCUGGAGGAGGGAGAUGUUAGUAAUGGGCACGGUCGUGAUCAGCAUGAUAUGGACUACGAAGCUGGAGAGGAUUGGGACAUUUCCUAAAUGGAAAGGCGCUAACCAUAGUUAUGUCGAUGCAUUGUAACAUUAGUAUGUCCUACCGAGGAUAACAUAUUCUUCCACAGCAAGCUACCAAUGAUUGGUGAGCCGAAUACGACAUAUGAAUAGGCGCAAGCUAUUACGAUGCUUCAAUGUCCUUGGUCCACAAUGUUGCAUGGCCCGACGAUGGGUAAAAUACAUAUUCAAUAUUAUGAUCAUAAUUUUACAACUCGCGAAUUAGCUGGGUUAGAACAUAAAUUUGCGCCCAUACUACGUUUCAUAGGUACCUAUUUAGGUGCGCAUAUACUACCAAUACACCUGCUUCUCUCCUCGGUUAUAUCCUGGGAGACAUGGUUGAAUAUUUAAUCAUUAGUUUUCAAUAAAAAUCCAAU